CCCAGUACGGUCAGUGUGCAUCAACAGCAUCACCCGCUCUCUGAUCCCAAAACCCUAGUAAUGGCUUCCCGCCUCUUCCACCUCCGCCGCCUCCUCCUCCCAUCCGCCCACCCGUCGGCCGCGGGCUGCGCGGCCGCAUUCUCAACCGUCGCCCCGACCCCGCGCGUCUCCGCGCUCGUAGACGAGAUCUGCGACCUCACGCUCAUCGAGGCCUCCUUCCUCACCGACGCCCUGCGCGGCCGCCUCGGGGUCGACCAGCUCCCUCCCCUGGCCAUCCUCACUGGCGGAGCUGCCCCGCUCACUGGCGGCGCGGCUGCCCCCGGGGCGGCCGACGUGGAGGCCAAGGCGAAGGAGGAGAAGACGGCGUUCGACGUGAAGCUGGAAGGCUUCGACGCCGCGGCGAAGCUUAAGAUUAUCAAGGAGCUGCGGGCGUUCACGAAUUUGGGACUCAAGGAGGCGAAGGAGCUCGUGGAGAAGGCGCCGGCCGUGCUGAAGGCGGGAGUUCCCAAGGAGGAGGCAGAGAGCAUCGCCGAGAAGAUGCGGGCUGUCGGCGCUAAGAUUCUCCUCGAAUGAGGGCUGUACAAAGAAGUGGAAACUCUUUGCUUUCAGUUAACCUUGAUGCCUCACUACCAACAGAGGAGGAGAAGCUUCAUUAGACUGCCUACGAAUGCAGUAUACAUGUGCAAUCGCAACAAUUUAUUUCUGAAAACACCACUAAUCAUUCUUAAUCUCUGAGUCAAUUGGACUUGGGCAUCUUCCAUGUAGGUUAGAUAACCAAAUCUUGAUCUGAUCUGUGUUAACUGCCAUAAUCUGACUUCUUGUGUUUGAUCUGAUGGAAGUGUUGUUCUAAGCCAUCCUGAUUGUUUUACCAGCUUGUACAAUUUGAUAUGCCGAUUUGAUAUGCAUAUGCAUUUGCGGAUAUUUGCUUGGGAGCAUUUUACUAUGCG